AUGGAAAAUAAUAAAUAUCAAAAAGAUCGCCCCCAAAAUGGCUUUAUCCCAUAUGCUAAACUAUUAUUAUUUUUUUAUAUAAUUUAUAUACAAAAAUAUACUGAAAGUAUUAUCAAUGAAAAAAAUACAUAUGAGAAUAUGCUUGGAAGUGUAUCAGACCUAAGACCCCAAAGGAUAUUAGCAGAACAUAUGAGGGGAAAAACUCGUACCUUUCAAAAAUUACAUAGUGAGGAUUAUUAUAAUAUUUUAGGCGUUCCAAAAGGCGCCGAUCUUGAUCAAAUAACCAAAGCUUAUAAAAAGCUCGCCAUAAAAUGGCAUCCAGAUAAACAUCUUGAUGAUGAUAAUAAGCUAUAUGCUGAAGAAAUGUUUAAGAAUAUUUCAAGCGCAUAUUCUGUGCUAUCCGAUGAAAACCAAAGGAAAAUUUAUGAUACAUAUGGUAUUGAAGGCAUAAAAGGAACUAUGGAAGCUCCCAAACCCUUUGAUCACACCGAAUAUCUCAACAAAAUUAUAAAUCCAUUGAAAAACUUUUCGUUUAAGUCAAUGCUUAAUGAUAAAUAUACUGGAUUAUCUAAUUUAUUACAUUCUGUCGAAUCUAAAUCACAUAUUUAUUCAGAAACUGGAAAAAUAAGCCAUAAUAAAGCCGGCUCACGUGAAAUAACGCUUGAGUUAACAUUAGAAGAGUUAUAUCAGGGAUGCAAAAAAGAGUAUACAAUUGUCAAAAAUGUAUAUGUUGGAGUAACACAUUUUCAAAUCGAUAAAACCCUUGUAAUUGAUAUUAAACCUGGAUUUGAUGAUAAUACUUUGAUUGUGUUUCAUAGGGAGGGAGAUCAAGUAUCUCCUUCAUCACCACCAGGUAAUGUUACUUUCAGGAUUACUACGAAAAAACAUGAUACCCUCAUCCGAAGAGGUAACAAUUUGGUAUAUAAGCACUAUAUAACCUUAGAGCAGGCCUUAAAAGGUUUUGAUUUUUCAGUAAAAGCAUUGGAUAAUAAAGAUAUAAUUAUAAAUGUAGAUAAUGUUGUUAGCCCUAACUCGAAAAUGAUCAUACCGAAUGAAGGAAUGCCAUAUUUGGAUAAUCCAAAUCAUAAAGGAGAUUUAAUAAUUGAAUUUGUACAUGUAUAUCCCGAAACAAUGACUGAAGCGGAAAAGAUAGCCUUGAGGGACAUUAUUAAUAGUAGGAAUAAUAAAAAUUCAUAUUAUUAG